UAUAAGGGGGGGUGAUGCAACCGAGGCGAGAGGCAGAGGAGCGGCGAGCGGCGGGAGCUGCUCUCCCGGAGGAGGCAGCAGCGGGGAGCGGACGGCCGCCGGGACGGCAGCGCUGCCGGGCGGGCGCGGAGCCCCUUCUCUCCGGCCGGGAACGCCGUGGCACAGGGAGGGAGCAAAAUGAUGGUCCAACACUCAGGCCAGGUGUCUGCAUUAGAAGUCAGCGCCUCCGCAAUUGUUCCCACUUUGUCCCCCGCAGGGUCACUGGGGUUUGAUGAUUUCACAAAUCUAACCCCACUGGUGAAAGAGGAGCUGAGGUUCACCAUUCAGAAUAAGCGUCAGUCGCACAGGAUGUCUUCUACGUUGGACACAGUGACAGUUUCUGAAAGGCCAGUUGAAACAUCAAUCAUGAAAACAGAGUUUUCUCCUGAAGAGGAUGAAAGAAAAAAGAGAAGAAGGGAAAGGAACAAAAUUGCUGCUGCAAAGUGCCGAAACAAAAAGAAGGAGAAAACAGAAUGUUUGCAGAAAGAAUCAGAAAAGCUGGAAACUAUCAAUGCAGAAUUAAAAGCCCAGAUCGAAGAGUUAAAGAACGAGAAGCAGCAUUUGAUAUACAUGUUAAAUCUUCACAGGCCCACUUGUAUAGUUCGGGCACAAAAUGGAAGGACACCUGAAGAUGAAAGGAAUCUUUUUAUUCAACAGAUCAAAGAAGGCACAUUACAAGGUUAAAUGAUAUGGCAAAUAUGGAAGUAUUUAUAGUGGUUUUUAACAGCUACCAGAAUCCAUGGAGGAUCUGACAUAACGUGUAGGAUUCUAUUAGUAAAGAGCCUUUAGGAAGGGCAGAUUGCUUUAAGCGGAAAGGAUCAUUUUGGCCUGACAGCGAUUCUUCCCUUUGGAAGAUCUGGUCUCGAUCAAAUUGAAGAGUCUUCUGCCUCAAAUAUAGGUUUUGCACCUGACAUACUUGCUGUUCCUAGGAGCUACAGACAACAGCUUCAGAAGUUUUAGCUCUCUGCUAGUAUACAGUAUCUGCACUCACAACGUUUGUGCUAGAACACUAUGACUUCCGAAGAUGCACAUGGUACAGACAGCUGUGCUGGAUGGACACUCUUCCUCCUUGUUCCUAGUAAAGAAGGCGGACUGAGAGUAUUUUCAGUUUCCAAGUUUCCAGGAGGAUGGUUUCAUGUACUGAUGCAUAAUGUUGCAUUCUAAACUAACACACACACACACGCACACACACAUACACACACACACAAAGCUUUUAGUUCCAACUAAGCUUUGUAAUUUCUUCUUCACAACACUUGUGUGGGUUUUUUCUGUGACUCAUCUCAAAGACGGAAUCUGAAGAGCCUCGUGGGUGUGACAAAGAUGUUCCUUGCAAAAUGUCCAUACCUUGUAUUUUAGGAGCUGGAACCCCACCUGCUGUCCUUUGGGGGCUACAGUUUUUCCUUGCACUGCUGAAGGGCAGCUUGUACCACCACUUGGUGAAUUGGACCCACUGGAAAGACGAAACUAACUAUGGAGGGAUAUUGCCGCAGGUUUUGCCUGAAGGAAGAACUGCAGGACUGAAUCCCAGGCUCAUAAAUAAUGAGGAGUUGAAAAAAUAAGAUAAUCUAGGAUCAAAUCCUGCAAGCCUUAGUUCACGCUAUUAACCCUCACUCACAGAAGAGAUUCCAUGGACUUCAGUGGGUCUGUUUACGAGGUAGUUCUUAUAAGCAUAAGAGCUUCAGAAAGCUUUUUCCAUCCCGGCCAGGAUUACUUCCUUCUGCCAGGUGAUUGAGAGGGAAAAAUUGAUUGUAGCUACUUUUAUUUUGUAUUUGAGUGGCAACUAGAGCCAAUCAAAAGUGUUACUUAAAACUUAAAGGAGGAAAGAGUUUUGAUGUAGUGAAUAACUGGUUUUGUUUUUCAAUCAAAUACUAACCUUGGAUGUUUUUGAACUGGUAGAAGAGCUGCUGGACAAAACAUUUGGAGCUACGAGUGUUUGAAUUCUGAUGUUUCUGUGAAAUUCUGAGAUUGUUUAAUCCUAUAAAAUAUAUCCUUACAAUUUUUUGUAAAAGAAAAUAUUAUCCUUAUUUAUCAUUAUCAUAAUGGGUAGAGUUAAUAAAUACUGCGAGCAAGAGAAAACUGAAACCACAAGUGUUGUGCUGUCUUUUUACUUUUAUCUCUUGGUGUUUAAUAUUAUAUAUUCCUAAACUUCACCAGUUGUAGUUGAGUCACAGCUAUUGAAAACACAUAUCCUUCAUCUUUUCCACAGAUGAGGCACUAAGUAUCUUGAACCACUGGGUGCAGACAUUAUGCUUUCCAAAGUUCUGUACCUCCAUCAGUGGUGUCUGGCUGUGCAAUGGCACCAUUUAAGCAAAGCAGACAAUAAGAAUGGAGCUUACAGUACAUAAUAUUUUACACCAGUUAUGCAGUGUCAAAACUGUGGUUUUGUUCUAAAGGCUAAGCUUAAAGACACCUUGGCCAUAAGCUUUUUAACCUGCAAGUCCUGGAUGAGGCUAUCGGAUAUCAUACCUGAUCCUUAUGUGAUCGUUAUAUUCUGCAACAGAACUUUAGUACACUUUCCUAAGAUCUGGAUAUAUUGUAAUGUCCUAUAUUGCAUUUUAAACAUAUGUACUUCAUGUAUCUGAAAAGUUAAUGUAUUAAAGAUGACAUGCUAGGUCUGAUUCUGUCCUGAAAAUCCAUUACAUUUCCGUAUGUUGGAAGGAGCUUCCAUUGACUUCAGUGAGAGUUUUAUUCACAUCCUGUAAGCAGAGGUUGGAGCCUCUGCUGCAACGUCUCUGGCUUAGAGGGCAAGUUACACAGGGAGUUGGGCCAGCUAUUUAUCAGACAACAGAUACACAUGAAGCUUGUUACAAUAAACUUGUCAAUGUUCAUUGGUAUUUGACUUCUGUAAUGUGGAAAUACAAAACCAAGGCACCAUCCCAGUAUUGUACGCCUUGACUUUGCCUUUCAGGCAAAUACCAGCAGACAAAACUCUUUGCCUCCUAUACUGUUAUAAAGUGUUACCACAGAGACUAGAGUAUAAUGACAGAAUUCAUGUGUCUCCCUUAGGGAAUCUGUAUGGUUGCUUUUAACCAUAUCACUAGUGACGCAGGCGUCAUGCUUUUGUUGCUUGAUGUUAUUUACUUAGCAUCCCAAAUGUUAAUAUGGUACCACUAUAAUUGUCAGAAGAAAAUCUAUUUUUGUUUCUUUGUAUGUGCAGUCAGAGCUGCUUUCUAAUGCUUUUGUAUGUGUGUGUGCACGUGUGCUCCUGCACGCUGCUCUAGAAAUGAUGGUACUCAAGUUCCUUUGACUGUACCCUGGAAAAGCGUGUUUAAACAGCUAGACAGGAACAGUAUGUUGCAUGAGUUUUCUAAGAGUAUACUUUAUGCAGGACAAACCUUAAAAUCAGUUUGUUUUCUAUUCUCAAGUUUGUUUUGAUACUUUAAUAAAAAAGAAUUAAUAUAUAUUUA